UUGUGGCUGGCUUGAAUGACGCCCAAAGGACUGACGAUGAGGACACUAGUAGAACAAUAUAAAAGGGUCCUUCCUCCUGUGGGAGAUAAGAUCAGAUGAUUCCCCAUCACACAAGAGUGAAGAUGACAUGGUACACCACCAAGUUCCAGAACACUGCUGGGAUGGACACAUCGCACAGGAGGGCUCUGGUGUUCAUGUUGAUACUGCUGCUCGCUCAGCUGGGAUGUGACGCGCAGAGUGUGUCUGAGUGCUGCAGACAGCCGGCUCGCUCCUGCCGCCUCCAGGUGCUGCUGUGUCGUUCUGGCAACAGGAGCAUGGCGGGGACCAUCACAGGAGACGCUGCCGCUGGCAUCCUCACCCUGGGUAAACGAAACGAGGAUGAGUUUCACUUGCAGAGCCGUCUCCAUCAGCUUCUUCACGGCCACAAGAACCAAGCAGCUGGGAUACUGACUAUGGGGAGGAGGACCCCAGAGAGGGAUAGAGAGCAAUAAACAGACAUAGACAGGAUGGAUCUGUCAAAAAAACAUUUGCCUGUAUAAACUAUGUGCAUACAAUGUUUAUAGAAAAAAGACAGCUAUAUGAUGUACUCUAUGGGAAUGUGAAAUGUGAAGAAAAAAAGGAAAACUAAUGAUUAUCGUUUAACUUUAUCUGUUUGAAAAUGUAUGGUGAUGUAAUUAAAGAUUAAAACUGAUGACAUGUCUUUAAUAAAGUGUGAAUGAAGAACAAAUCUUCAAUAUGAUUCUUUG